AGCACAAGAAGAGACGUAUCUUGUGGACACGCGUCUGAUACAGGGAAAUCUCCUCCUCUCUCUCAUCUCUAUCUCUCUUUCAGCCGGUUUAGAUUCCAAAAUCUCGUCCUUGAUCUCUCUUCGAUGAUUAUCGGUCAGCGUUUCUCUCGGUGGUUGUCGUACGACCUCGGCGUUCAAGGAGAAGGGAGUCCUCAACGUCAGCGAGUUCGUGCUCGCCGGCGAUGAUCUCGUCUCCAAGUGCCCUACAUGUUCAUGUACCUUGUCUACGGAAAGCUGCAUCUGUGGCAGAGGAAUAUGAAGCUGCUGGAGGAGAAGUGUUGGUUGAUGAUGAAGAUGAUGAUGGUUGGCUGGCUACACAUGGGAAACCGAAAGAUAAAGUCAACGAAGAUGAGAACUAGCCGUCCAGUGCCUUGGAUAUAAACGAGAAAAGCGGUAUACGAUCAAUACCAACGUAUUUUGGAGCUGAGGAAGAGGAUGAUGAUAUUCCAGAUAUGGAAGAGUUUGAUGAGGCUGACAAUGUGGUGGAAAAUGAUACGGCAACUCUUCAGUCAACUUAUCUUGUGGCUCAUGAACCUGAUGAUGAUAACAUUCUCCGAACUCGUACAGAUGAUAACACUCAACGUAAGCAUCAUGUCUUAACAUACCCAACGAAUUUCCCACUGCUUUGUUAUCUUGAUUCUCUCAUUCUUUUGGCUUAAUAGCAAACUCAUAACACUUCACUUCACUUAGCAAAAUCAUAACACUUCAACAUUUUUAAGAAAACAAUGUUCAAUAAUUUUUUUGUUUUAAGAAACCUUAACUAAGAGACUAGCAUUGGAGCACAAAAAUGUUGGUGUCUCUUAAAAGAGUCUCUUAACACAUAUUUAUUGCUUAAAAGUAAUAUAAAAUAAAUAAGAGACCCUAGUUGAGUAUCUAGGAUAAUGAUGCUCUAAUGUAUAAGGCGUUUGACUUCUAAUCAAACCAUUGUGGGUUACCGGGCGUGUAAUAUUACUUAUAAUACUUAUAUUGUUUCUAUAUUUAGAGUUUCUAAUUUGCAAAACAUUUGAAAUUUAUUAGUUAUUACUCUGCUUCUUCCAUUGGCUUUGAAAUAUCCAUUUUGUAAGUUUUCUAACUAUCCUAUUAAAUAAUUAACUGUUCUGCAAGUAACUCUUCUGUAUAUAUUUAAGUUAUUCUACAUUGUAUAUUUUCACAGCCAAACAAUUUUAAAAUAUAUCAAAAUCAUUACUAUUUAGAUCCACCAAACUCUGUCAGCAUAUUAAAUUUACUAGAUUCAUCAGUACUAGUAUUUAGGUCCACAGAUUUCCAUCAAUUAAUUGGAAAAAAUGUUUCUUCGUAAUUAAUUUUGAUUUAUUUGUGACUUUUGUAAAUGACUUUGCAAUGUAUAAGUGGGUUAGUCUUAUGGAACUUGCUUCCCACUUUUUACUAUAUAUGUCUGGUAAAAUUCCUACACACAAUAAAUUUGCAUAGGAACACUUAAGUUGUGCACAUUGUUAUUAUAUAGGAACAAUUAAGUUGUGCGAACAUGUAGUAAAAAUUGGUUGUGAAUGGUAAACACAAAAAGAAAAUAUUAAUGGAAUGUGACAAAUGAGAUAUAGGGAAAAAUCAUCUCAUUCACUUCUUCUUAUGAAAUUACUUUAAUCUAGUAACUUCAAAUUAUCAUAUCCUAUGAACACUUUUAAGUUUUAAAUAGCAUUUGAAAUACUUUUUUUAGAUUUUAAAAUUUUAAUAUGAAUUUACUUAAGUUUCUCGUUUUCUUCCUUUUCCAUAUGUUCUUGAAUGGUCUAAGCUAUUAAAAGGUAAUCAAUUAGAUUCAAUCCCGUGAAGUUAGAAUUCUGUAAGAUCUUACCCUAAAUAAAGCAUCCAUAUACAGUAGUACUUCUCAAGUGAUAAUAAUGUGACCUGUAAAUUUUAGAUCCACCAAGAAGGUGGGGACCUUUAUCUUGAUUACCGAUCUUAGUAACUAAUGGAUCAAAGAUAAAUAUAAUUUUUGUUUUUUUUGGUCAAAAAAAUAAUUUUUGUUUUUAAAGUUCAAUAAGAGAAAAAUAGAAAAUCAACUAGGUAAUAAAAUAUAAUUUUAUGAGAAGUCCCAAAGAAAACAACAACGGAAAUUAGUUGUUCUAUGUACUUGAUUCUCCUCAAUAUCUGAGUUUUUAGCUCUGUCUGUUUUUCUUUUCCUAAUGCAUGCAUAAGACUAUGUUAAAAGGUUUAUGCGGAUACUAUUUAACUUUCUCGACCGUAUUAACAUAUUAAACUACGUUUUCUGUUCUUCAAAGGCUGUAAUUAUUUCGGUUAAAUCAUUUAUCAUGAACCCAAUUGAUUACCUUCUGGUUCUUAACAUCUUUUAUACUAUAUGGAAAACUAAGAACCGUUAGUCUGGUCGAAUAGUUUUUUUUAUCUGAAUAAAGAUUUCAGUAUAUGUUUUCAUAGGUGAAAAUAUUGAUUUACUUCUCAUAAAGUGGAUUUUACUUCUCAUAACCCAUAAGUAACAUUAAAAGACACCACAUAUGAGUAUAAACACAAAGAACAUUAUAAUAUUUGGGUUAUAGAAACGUGUCUUAUUUUUCUUCCAUAUCGAAGACUUUUUAUGAAGCUUGCUGACAUAGUAAAAUUUCAUUAAGAAAAAGAGAGUAUGAUAAGUUGUUGUCCAACGAAUCCUUUACAAUGAAUGUAACUACCAAAUUCAUUAAAAUUUCUAUUAAAAAAUAACACCAGAAAAAUUGUGAUGUCUCAUCUCUUUCAAGAGUUUAGGCUCAAAGCUUCCCUAUUUUUUAUACACUGUUGUUAGUUUUACAACUCAUUCCUUAUCACCAAUCUGUUCAAACCCUAUCUACUUUUAACAUACAAAAAGAUUUAUUUCCUCUCCCCCUCUAGCUCUCUCUCUAUCUCUCUCUGACACUGUUACACAUCAACCAUUUGUUGAGUAGCAAUUAAAUAUGAGAGAGACAGAUUUUGUGUAGAACUGAAAGUUAAUAAAAGAAUGUGGGGGUAAAGAAAGAAAAACGAGUACACAGUAGAUGAGGAUUCAAACUUGUUCUUUGUUUUGGCUUUUAUUGGUCAUAUCAGACUCUUUAUAUAUAGAUGGUCUACUUAGCUCUCUGUGGUGAUUCUUAGCUUUCAAAGAUAGCUUUUGGCUCACCCUAUACUCUAUACAGGUUACUGCACAUAUACAUGGUUAUGGAAUUGCCACUAGUGACAACUAUUUUUCAUAUUAAUUUACACACACACACACAAAUAUGUAUAAAGUAGAUUUUGAUGGUUUAUAUACGACAAAACAAUAACUGAAAAUCUUAGGACCAA